CUAAUAUAAUUAAGAACAUUCUUUGUUCCAGUUGAUAGCAAUUAGCAAAUCAUAUGAAUUGCUUCUUUUGCCUAGGGUUUUGUUAAAAAUAAUAGUGAUUUACACUUUCAGAGAAGAAUAUGGAGUUCAUGGCUGUAUUGUUUUAUCCAGUUAUUUCACUUGCUAGUAUAGCCUGUAUAGGUUAUUUUGUCAAAAAUAGGUUUUGACUGUGGCUGUUUUUACUUUUCUCACAUUGAUUUGCUAGUCGAUAUUAUCAGUCAUUAAUCACUUGCAAAUUCAUUAGCUUUGCCUUGUGCAUUCUGUUUAUUCUCUCUUUUUUGAUUAAAGUAAGGAUGUUAUUGUGCUUCAUUUCUGAUUUUAGUUUUUAGUUCCGUGGGAAGUAAUUAGAUUAUUUGCUUUUAGUCCUACGCAGAGCAUUGGGUUGCUAUCAUACACUUUCUUGAGGAGUACAGGCAAAGAAGAUAUUGUGGUGCCUAUGCUUGACUACGAAAAAAAAGGUAGACAAUGGAACAAGAUGAUGCGAUUCUCUAGUUCUGAUUGGAAUAUAAAUGCAGAAACAAUAGUUCAAUGGUCCCCUUUUUCCAGCGAGGCAGACCUUCUUCGUCAGUUUAAUCUCAUGUCAGAUCACGGGACUCAAAUAAUAAUAUACAAUCUAUGGGAGGAUGAUGAAGGAUUACUGGAGCUUGAUUUUGACACUGAUCCUCUUGAUAUUCAGCUUAGAGGUGUCAAUCGAGAUGAGAAGAAUAUACAAAUGGCAAGGGAGUUUCCAAACUCGAGGCACUUCCUCACUUAUAGACAUUCAUUAAGGAGUUAUGCCUCAAUUCUCUACUUGAGACUUCCUCCUGGCUUUCGAAUCAUUCUUCGUGGAAAAGAUGUUGAUCACCACAAUAUAGUGAACGAUAUGAUGCUGUCUCAGGAGAUAACUUAUCGGCCACAACAUGGUGCUGAAGGGGUCCCAAAAGACUCAAAUAUGGCGGCUAUUGUAACUAUUGGCUUUGUGAAGGAUGCAAAAUAUCAUGUUGAUGUUCAAGGCUUCAAUGUUUAUCAUAAAAAUCGACUAAUCAAGCCUUUUUGGAGGCUUUGGAAUGCAACUGGAAGUGAUGGCCGAGGAGUUAUAGGUGUACUAGAAGCUAAUUUUGUUGAACCAGCUCAUGAUAAACAAGGAUUUGAACGUACAACAGUUCUUGCAAGACUUGAGGCUCGACUUGUACAAAUGCAGAAGACUUAUUGGUCCACUUUAUGUCACAAAAUUGGCUAUGCUCCUCGGCGAAAUAAGAAACUCAUAAAUGAGAGUGCAGGUGGAGAAACUUCUCCUGAUAAUGGUCCAGACAUACAUUCUCAUUCUAAGUAUACUACCUUGAGUGGGAAGGGAUCCUCGCAUUCAGACAAAUUCUUUUCUCAUGUAGCUCAGAAAGGAGGCAAGAGAUUGGAGACAUUUGCAAGAAAUGGGGACAGGAACGGUCAUGUCUCUAGUAAAGGAACAGACACACGAAAGACGCCGUCCAAAUCUGGAAGAAAAGCAAGGUCUUCUGUACCAUCAUCACCUUCCUUAGAAGAUGUUUCUGAUGAUGAUGUGAAUAUUCACCUUCCGACAAGGAAGGAUGGGAUCUAUACAACUGGGUCAUCUUCAUGCUUGAAAGAUACCACUCAGCAAGCUGUCACACAGUCCAAGUCUAAGAAUGGUACUGUGGAUCACAGUAAGCAUGCCCUUUCAGAAUCUGAUAUCUGUACCAUUGAUCAGUUGAAGCAAGAAAAUCGUAAGCUGAAGGAAAGAUUAGAGAAAAGGGAACAAAGGUUUCAAAGUGAGCAGAUUCAUGGUUUGCAGUGUGAGAAGUGUAAAUCAAUUGAGACAAAGUUGCAGGAAGCGCAGCAAAAAAUUGAGGAGUUGAACAAGGAACAAGAAAGUCUUAUAGAUAUUUUUUCAGAGGAGAGGGACCGUUGCGACAAGGAAGAGGAAAUUUUGCGGAAAAAGUUGAAGGAUGCAUCUAAUACCAUCCAAGAGUUGCUUGACAAGGUAAGGCUGUUGGAAAAGAUGAAAUCUCCAAGCAACAGAGCUGUCCGAUGAGUGCAUAAUAAAAUUCACAUGACUUACACUUCAUUUGUCCUGGAGAGCUGUACAGAAUUUGUUUUCCUCCCUUUUUUACGCUCCUGACGGAAUAUAUCUUUUGGUGCUGAACAUUUCUGAGAGUCUUAGAAUUGUUCAUUUGUUUGUUCUCUAGCUCUGGGUUCCUGCUUUCUCUCCCUGUAAGUUGGUGCCAAAUAGUUUCUGCCGGGUCAAAUAUUGAAUUGCAUUCACCUGUAGAGCUGCCAAAUUUUGUCUUAGUGGCAUCUCUAAUGUUUAGAUCUAAUUGUUAGCCGGCUAAUGGGUGGGAGGAAUAUAUAUAUUAACUACACUCCUAAUAUGUAAAUUUAUCUGUUGGCGGCUCUUGAAUUGCAGUGUGGCAUCAUCACCACAAUUUUGUAUAUGAUACUGCAUAUUAGAUUGAUUAGUUUCAUAAUUCUAAUGCAUGAUGCAUUUGCCUUGGAUAUCCUAUCAGAAAA